GCUGACAAUAUAAGAUAAGGUUCUUGGUUGUUACAUAGUGGGAGGAGAGUUACAGUGACUAGUGACAAGUGGGAGUGUUUUACGUUGAAAACAAUAAGAAAUUAUAUGAGCUUGGUGGUGGUGGUGGUGGUGUGUGCAUGUGUGUGUGUGUGUGUGUGUGUGUGUGUGUGACAAGGGUUCUAAGCGCCUACCUGGGCAGUGUCGACACAGUAACUUUCCGAGGGGUGGCUGGAAGGCUGCGCUCUGCCAGGAACCAGUUUUAUGUUGACUACAGCCAUCCUCCACCACCGAGGCGACGCUACCAUUAUCCUCAGGCGCUGAUCCUCACCUUGGCCACAGCAUCGGUUAUUGAGCAGAGGGGAGUGGUGGCAGAGGAUGGCCGAGCAUUACAAGAUGAUGGUGUGGGCGGCAGGCGGCGUGGCAGCUGGCAUGGUGUUGUUGGCCGCCCACUCAUGGAGGAGGCUACGGGGGAGACGGGAGGUGUAUGGCCCUAGCAAGGUGGUGGUGGUGACGGGAUGUGACAGCGGCAUCGGCUACAACGUCGCCUUGAACACACUCGAGUGGGGUUGCAGUGUGGUGGCCACUUGUCUCGAUCCUGACGGCGAGGCUCCCCGGAGACUGAGUGAGGCAGGAGCGGUGGUGGUGAAGCUGGACCUGCGUCAUCUUCAGCAAGACGCCUUCAAGGAACUCCUCUCCGCGCUGAACUCACUCAAGGACGAUGAUAAAGACUUGUGGUGUCUCGUCAACAACGCCGGAGUGAUGACAUACGCCCACUGCGAGUGGCAGACUAAAGAGAUGGUGACUAGCCAGGUUGAGGUUAACCUCCUGGGACUCAUCCAAGUCACCAAGGUGCUCUUGCCCACCCUCAGGCGGAACAAAGGUCGGGUGGUAAUGGUGUCCUCACCGGCGGGUCAAGUGGCCGUGCCCAACAUGACAGUUUACGCCGCCACAAAAUGGGGAGUCGAGGGCUUCUCUCACGCCCUUCGUCGGGAGCUAGCACCCCAGGGAGGCUCUGUCGUCCUCGUCAGACCUUGCAACCUACCCGCAAACACAGGAAUCCUCGCCCUCAACGCUGCUCACCUGAAACUGAUGCUUGCGGCAGCCCCACCAGAGACACGUGAAGACUUCGGGGUUGCCAUGAUGGAGGCAGAGCAGGUCUUCCGCGAGCACUUCCAGGGUUCAGACCAGCUGCCACUGCCACUCAACGACCGCCUCCUCGCCUGCUUCAGAUCGGCUAUCAUGAAUCAGAAUCCCUGCUUGACGUACUCAGCCGCGCCCCUGCCAAUGAUCCUGUCCCUGGACCUCCUGCAGCUGUUGCCCUACAACUGGGUGGACUUCCUUGUCGCCAAGAACUUUUACGAUUUCAUACUUUCUUUCGCUAGGAACAAGUAAACACCUCGAUGUCCUCUACCCGAAAAUAUACCGAUACAACUCCUUUUUUUCAGUACCAGUAGGGCAAGUUUUUAUCUCCACCACCAGGGUUCAUUCCCAGUCUGACAGGUGUGCUAUAGCAAACAUAUGGUGUAAAUAAAAAAAAAAGCAAAUAAAUAAAUAAAAAGCUGAAUACCAUAGAGUUGAGUAAAGUGCAGUUAUGAUGUUGCGUAAUCAUAUUUUUGGUGUCGACUAAGUGAACCUGCAAAAUUAUUAAUGCAUGGCAAAGGUAUGAACUACAGAUUAAGAGAACAAAUGCACACACUCGUUGCAUUCGUACCAGUAAACAUUUUCCAAGCGUUUUCACGUGGGGCGAGCAGCAGAUGCCAUGUCCAACCAUAUCGCCACCACCCCACAGACUAAAAAGCGAUAAGAUUAAGCCGGACGAAGCCGUAGAGACAAAGACACUACUUUUUUUCUCUUUUAUAUGGGACGUGAAUAAAACAUUUUCAUACUUGUGAAAUAACUAUGUCCAUCGCAGGUUGAGCGUUUCAGAGUAGGAAAACUAGCAGUGAAAGCCUUCGUGAGAAGACUACACAACCAAAACUAACGUAACGAUAGGUAGAUCAUAUUAUAAAAGUUCAAGUUUUAGUCGACGAGUAGUUCUAGCUUUGUUUGUCUCCAAAUAAGAAAUUUUGUUCAGUGUACGCAUUCGCCUCGCUUUUACAGAAUAGCUGUAGUUGUUGGUCAAACGCCAUAUAGCCCAGGGACGGUUCUCACUUCUCUCAACAGGCGGGCUUCCCGUGACCCAUUACAUAAACCAUGAUAAGUGAUUGUAAAGGAAGACUAGCUCCUCUGAUGUCCCACUUAUUAUAUAAGAAAUAAAUGUAGUUUGAUUACCAUAAUACAUAG